AUGGAUGGCCGACGCCUAGCUCGACAAUUACGUGUGUUUAAUACUACCUAUCUAAACCAGGGAGGUGAGGAGGGGAGUAAGGUUGCCAGCUCUACAGACGGGGAGAUUAUUAAUCUUCAGGGGAUCAACGACUACAGCGGUCAGAUCUUAAAGGAGGAGAGAACGGAAUUUGAUAGCUCCGGAGUGCUGGGCUUACUCCGUAUUUGUUCUUCACACCAUGGAGGGCAUCUAGACAACCCUGGACUUGUAACCAAGGCUGUUGGGAACGUUCUAGAGAAAUGGGAAAAGGUUUGGAGGGAGAAGGAGGGAGAAUUGGUGUCGAAGAUGAGGAUUGAGGAAACUCCAGGCGCAGUUUACGGAGAUCUUAGUCCUUGCUUGAAACCUACUCCAGUUCCAGGUUACAUUAAUCUCAGUUCUUCCUUGAAACCUACUCCAGUUCCAGGUUAUAUUAAUCUCAGUCCUUGCUUGAAACCUACUCCAGUUCCAGGUUACAUUAAUCUCAGUUCUUCCUUGAAACCUACUCCAGUUCCAGGUUACAUUAAUCUCAGUCCUUGCUUGAAACCUACUCCAGUUCCAGGUUAUAUUCAUCUCAGUCCUUGCUUGAAACCUACUCCAGUUCCAGGUUAUAUUAAUCUCAGUUCUUGCUUGAAACCUACUCCAGUUCCAGGUUAUAUUCAUCUCAGUUCUUGCUUGAAACCUACUCCAGUUCCAGGUUAUAAUCAUCUCAGUUCUUGCUUGAAACCUACUCCAGUUCCAGGUUAUAUUCAUCUCAGUCCUUGCUUGAAACCUACUCCAGUUCCAGGUUAUAUUCAUCUCAGUCCUUGCUUGAAACCUACUCCAGUUCCAGGUUUUAUUCAUCUCAGUCCUUGCUUGAAACCUACUCCAGUUCUAGGUUAUUUUCAUCUUAGUCCUUGCUUGAAACCUACUCCAGUUCCAGGUUAUAUUCAUCUCAGUUCUUGCUUGAAACCUACUUCAGUUCCAGGUUAUAUUCAUCUCAGUCCUUGCAUGAAACCUACUCCAGUUCCAGGUUAUAUUUAUCUCAGUCCUUGCUUGAAACCAACUCCAGUUCCAGGUUAUAUUCAUCUCAGUCCUUGCUUGAAACCUACUCCAGUUCUAGGUUAUAUUCAUCUCAGUCCUUGCUUGAAACUUACUCCAGUUCUAGAGGAUGGAUGUUUUGAUAACCAAGCAUUCUUUGAUACUAUUGAGGAGAGCGCAGAUAAACUCUGGAUACAUCUCAACGAGUUGGCGGGAAAGGUUAUACAACUAGGAGAGGGGAAGUACAUGAUGGCUGUACUAGGUGGAAUUUCUCUUACUAGUCAGACUUACAGUAAAUGGAUUGAAUUCACUGAUGCCUUCGCACAACAGGUGCUUGAAUACCAUAGCAGUCUGGUCGCUACUGUCGUUCUACAAGACCCAGAGAGCCAGGAUUGGACUGGGAGUAGGCAUUAUAUGGAUGGAGAAAGAACCUCAAAAUGUAUUCAAUACUGGUGGUACUAUAUGCAGGGAUUGAGAACUGAUGUGUUUAAUUAUCUAUCUCCAAAAAUCGGAAUCAAAAUAUUUGGAUCUGUGUUGAGUGACUGCCUCUCCAUUCUAGCUGUAAGGUAUAGUCAGGCGAAACCAACUCUACAACGGGUUUCACAGUACAGAGCGGAUAUUAUUGCAAUUCUGCUCUGUACUUCAGAUCUUUUGUUUUCUUCUGUUGAAAACCUGCAUGAAGUGUUGUAUCCAACUGUAUCAUGUAAAAUAUCCAGAUCUAUUCAUGCAAAAUGUCAGAUACUUGCCUGGAACUUGGUUCUUGUCGGAUGUCCACUUAAAACUUUACACAGAGUAUCUACACUGAUCCAGCCAAAGAAAGGUUCUCUCACCCCUUUAGCAAAACCUCGUGAGGAAACAUUGAUACAAUGGCUUCAUAUCAUCAACCCAGGCAUAUUCUCUAAUCCCCCGGAUAAGCUUGAGUUGAAUACGUCUGUUUACCUCACUGUUAAAAUGGCUGGGGCAUUGCCAGGGCCCAUUUGGAGUUAUGUUGUUCGGUCCUGCCUUUCCAAUGACUUUUUACUUCCAAUUCAAAUAAUGAAGAACUUUGCAGCUUAUAUUCCAGGUUGUAAAAAUGAGAAGCCAGAUCAUCUGAUGACAGAUGGAUGUGGAAACCUGCUGUGCAGCCUUAAUUGUUAUAACAGUGCAGAUUACAGCUGGCCACAGGCUGUUGGAAGUGCUGUUUUAUUUAUCACCAUGCACGGUUGUCCGGAGAAGGAUUGUUUAAAAAAGGUAAUGGAACCAGUUUUGAGAAAGCUGGAUGAAUCUAGUUUUGAAAUCCUAGAUCAGAAUAUGGCGUGGAAUGCAAAGAAACCGGUUUGGUUCCAGGCUGUUGCUGAUCUUUUAGAAGUAUUCUUUACACCCAUCCUCGAGGAGGUUAUUGAAGAUGCAGAGGCCGGUAGAAUGAAUGUUAGUGAUUCAAUCAAGAAAAUCUCUGUACAAUUUCUGGAGGUUUCUGCAGUUAUUCCGCCAUCUUUUUUCCAGGUUUGUGAAGUGAUUGAGGGACUGGUACCAGAUUCAAUCAGUCCUCUGUGUGACUCCGUGGUGGCGCACAUCAUGUUGUCUCAGAUGUACACCAUGAUCAACAAAGUCAUCAACCCAUUGGUUAAGGGAGGCAUUGCAAGGGAAAAACUGGACUUUCUAAUGGCUGUUGGAGAAGGGUUGAUUAAUAUGGUUCCAAACAAUGAAAUUCAAAGAUUAGAGGGAUUGACAGAUGCUUCAGCAAACGCUAAAACUGAUCCAUCUUAUCAGAUUGACUCCGGGAAUGAGGAAAUGAACGUUGUUGUUGCUGAACUGAUAGCCAGUGAUUUACUGGCAGAUCCGCAUGGUGGAAUUGCUUUGAAAACAUUUCACAGGUUUUUGGCCUACAACAUGGAAUGGAUUGGACAGGUUCUCGGUGUACAGCUGGGGGGCCCAACCCCCGAAAAUGAUGUGAACACAAAAACAAAUUUCAGGAUCACUCCAUGGGGUUACUUGGUGUACAGGAACAAGAGCUGCUAUGAUAUGAUAGCAAACAUUGGAGGGGUGUUGUUUGAGAAAACGCUAUCAUAUCCUGUAGAUUGGGAAUCUGCACUUAGACAUGUGCAGGAAGCUCCGGAACCUUUAGUUUCUUUACUAUUAUCCAG